GAAAAUCUUCAUGACAAUAAAUAUUACUUAGAUUAAUAAAUAAUUUUAUUGUUUAAACAUAUUAUUAUAAAUCAGUUUUAAACAUCAUUUUGGAUUUCGAUUUUAACUUUUUGCAUUGUAUUUCGCAAUAAUCUACUGAACAAUUCAUCACAAAUAGUACAUCAUAAUUUUACGUUAUGAAGGCUUUUUUGGAAUGGGUGCGUAAUUGUUUCACUAAGGUCGACUUGAUGCACUUAGUUGAUAUUGAUGAUGAAAAUCUUCAAUUAUUAAUAUUCCAGAAUGGACCCAGCAGAGAUGAAUUUAUAAAGGUUUUGGUUUAUAAACUGUUAUUGGAUAUUGAUCCUGAGUCUGAAUACUCAAAAACAUAUGAUUUAGAAUAUAUACUUGUGUCAUUUGGUUUGUUGAAUAAAAAAACUGCUCAAAAUUUUUUAGAAGGUAAUAUGUCAACAAAGUUACAUAUAGCUACAUGGAAAAUAAUUAUUGAAUCUUUGAUACCAACUACAACAAUCACCAAUCAAUAUCCGAGAUAUGAAGAACUAAUGAAUACCAUUUAUGAAAAGAGUAAUUAUUUUCGAACUGCUGAAAAUAAAAAUUAUCUACCUCCAGAACUUAUAUCAAAGUUGAAAAUUGAAACAGCUUUAAACGAAAACAGUGAGAGUAUUGAUGAAAUUGCAGACCAGUUAAUCAAGCUCAUAAAUAAACAAAUAAUACAUGAUGGAAAUAAUGAUUUUAAAUCUCCCUCAAAUUGUGAGGAACAAUCAUUAGAUUCAAACUCAGAAUUUAUGGACUUGAUAUCAAUACAAAAAGAAGUUGAUCAAUGUAUUAAGAUUUCAAAUGACAAAAAGAUAACUCCAUUAAAUAAUGAAGGUUCAAUCAAAAUGACCCCACAAGAGUUUCUUGAACUAACAGAAAAACAAAAUUUGAUUCAUACUGAUAAUUUAGAAUUCAAAUUAGAAUAUAUCUAUAAGCUUGUAAAAGCUGAACAAGAUUUGCAGAUCUUAGCUGAUUCAUUAAUAGUACAGUCUAUGUCGGAUAACAAAGAAUGUCAAAGAAAAACGUCAUAAACUCCAGUUAAUUAUAUGUAAAUUAAAUUUGUGUAAUAAUAAUAAUAAUAAUAUGUAUAAAAUUUAAA